CUUCGCUGAACAUUAAUGUUGUGAAUGAAAAGUUGUUAUGAAGUGAAACGUGCAACGUAAAACAGACACAAGCUCGACUUCACUCGUAGCAGGAAUGAGUAGCAGUGGUAGCAGUGAAGAAGAUGAACCAACUACGAGAGACAAACGCACACUGGAUAUGAAUCAUGGUUUUCUUUAUCAUAUAAGAAGAAACCAGUAUGACCGGGACAACUAUGAUAAGAAGGUGAAAAAUGAUCGAAUUAACAAGAAAGCACAAGUGAAUCGGAACUACCGACCUGAAAAUAAGCACUACCAACCCCCUUCUAAACGAGGUGAUAAAAAUGAUGAAUCCUCAAGAACAGACAAAGGAAAAAGUUUAUUUAAACUGGAAUACACAUCGGAUAAUGGAAAAGUCCACUCAAUAAUGGUCAAAGAAAAUGAUGAACCACUCAGGCUGGCAAAGAGAUUGGUCAACACUGCAGGAAUUCCUCCAGACCUUCUGGAAACACUGGAGUGGAAAAUAAGCCAAGAACAGUUGAAGCGAAAAAAAUGAUGAUACUGAAAAAGCUUUCUUAAAUGCUGGUUUUAAGUUAGCAUGCAUGUCGGAAUUUUUGCUGUUUUUUCUGAUGGCAACUGUUUUCAUUUACUUGUGUAUGAAAUAACUCAUUCAUUACUUUCAGUAAAUGAAUUUUAUUAGGUGAAUAAAAGCCAAAUAGAUCUAAGAUAAUUAAACUAUAUGACUUUUGCUGAUAAAGAUAUGAAUUACCAGUAUUUGCAAUUAAUAA